GAGCGGGCCAGUAUGGCAGCUGUGGUGUUGGCUCGGUGUAAAAGAGCAGUAACUAAGGUUUUAUGUCAUGGAGCAGCGCCGCUUUUGUCGCCUACAUGUGUUCAAGGUGUCAGACAGAAAUCCAGCGUACAGUACGUAUCCCGACCGGACCUUCCGAAGCUAGCCUAUCGCAGGAUAAAAGGAAAGAGUCCCGGUGUGGUGUUCCUGCCCGGCUAUGGCUCCAAUAUGAACGGACAGAAAGCAGAAGCCCUGGAAGAAUUCUGCAAGUCUUUAGGUCAUUCUUAUCUGAGGUUUGAUUACUCUGGCCAUGGAGCUUCAGAAGGGGUUUUCUCAGAGGGAACUAUUGGAUCGUGGAAGAAAGAUGUUCUUUGCAUUCUGGACGAAGUUGCAGAAGGACCUCAGAUUCUGGUCGGCUCCAGUAUGGGCGGCUGGUUAAUGCUUCUUGCUGCUAUCGCUCGGCCUGACAAGACUAAAGCUCUGGUGGGCAUUUCAACAGCAGCUGAUCACUUUGUUACAGCCUUUAAAUCACUUCCUCUGCAGGCAAGGAAGGAAUUUGAAGACAUGGGCGUGUGGACAGUCCCGAGCAAAAACUCGGCCGAGGGCUUCUACAGCGUGAGCAUGGAUUUCCUGAAGGAGGCGGAGAACCACUGUGUGCUACAGAGCCCCAUCCCCAUCACGUGCCCGGUGCGCCUCAUCCACGGCCUGAAGGACGAGGACGUGCCCUGGCACAUCUCCCUGCAGGUCGCCGAGCGCGUCCUCAGCAACGACGUGGACGUCAUUCUCAGGCGCCAAGGCCAGCACCGCAUGGCCGACAAGGACGACAUCAAGCUCAUGGUGUACACCAUCGAUGACCUGAUCGACAAGCUGACCACGGUGGCGUGAUCUGACCUCUUGAGCCCGGGCGCCCCUAGUUCCUCAGAGCAAACCCCAGCUAAGGCUUCCGAACCUUCGGCGUAGCUGAGAACGAGAAACAUGAGCAGCCAGGACGUCUAGGAAACAAAGCAGACCUGACAUAUCCCUCGUGCCUUCACUGUGCCAUUUUUACUUCUUUCUGUUUACCUUUCAGUGGUGUCUGAUAACGCUGCUUAUUUAGUUUGACAGUAUUGUUUUCAUCAGCUCCUUACUGCAGUCUUCUGUGCCUUCCUCUCCGCAAUAUUUUAAACAAAUAAAACCUCUUUAUAUCCAGAA